CAUGGAGGGAGACAUCAUGGACAAACUCGAGGACAUGGCUUCGGUCUACGAGUUCGACCCGUUAACGGGGAACAUCCCCGCCACCAAAGUGGAGAUCACAGUUUCAUGCAGGAAUCUCUUAGACAGAGACACGUUCUCCAAAUCUGAUCCACUGUGUGUCUUGUACACUCAGGGCGUGGAGACCAAGCAGUGGAGAGAGUUUGGAAGAACGGAGGUGAUUGACAACACACUAAAUCCGGACUUUGUCAGGAAGUACAUUCUGGACUACUUCUUUGAGGAGAAGCAGAACCUGCGCUUUGAUUUAUACGAUGUUGACUCUAAAAGUCCUGAUCUUUCCAAACAUGACUUUCUUGGCCAGAUGUUCUGCACGCUGGGAGAAAUUGUGGGGUCGCCGGCCAGCCGACUAGAGAAACCUCUCGGGGGCAUAUCAGGAAAAAACUGCGGCACGAUCGUCCUGUCAGCUGAAGAACUGGGCAACUGCAGGGACAGUGCAACCAUGCAGUUCUGUGCUAAAUUGGACAAGAAGGAUUUUUUCGGGAAAUCUGACCCCUUCAUGGUCUUCUACAGAAGCAAUGAAGACGGCACGUUUACCAUCUGUCAUAAAACAGAAGUGGUGAAGAACACGCUCAACCCUGUUUGGCAGCCGUUCACCAUUCCAGUCAGAGCACUCUGCAACGGAGACUAUGACAGAACGAUCAAAGUGGAAGUUUAUGACUGGGAUCGUGAUGGCAGCCACGAUUUCAUCGGAGAAUUCACCACAAGCUACAGAGAGUUAGCCAGAGGUCAGAGCCAGUUCAACAUAUAUGAGGUGGUGAAUCCCAAGAAGAAGAUGAAGAAGAAGAAAUAUGUAAAUUCAGGCACGGUGACGCUGCUGUCGUUCUCAGUGGAGUCAGAGUCGACUUUCCUUGAUUAUAUCAAAGGAGGGACCCAGAUCAAUUUCACUGUGGCUAUUGAUUUCACCGCAUCUAACGGCAACCCAUCCCAGUCCACGUCUCUCCAUUACAUGAACCCCUACCAAAUGAACGCGUACGCCCUGGCGCUGAAGGCGGUGGGGGAAAUCAUCCAGGACUACGACAGUGACAAGAUGUUCCCUGCGCUGGGUUUCGGUGCCAAGCUGCCCCCCGAUGGACGAGUGUCUCACGAGUUUCCCCUAAAUGGAAAUAUUGAGAAUCCCUACUGUAAUGGUAUCGAGGGGAUACUCGAGGCGUAUCAUCAGAGUCUGAAAACCGUUCAGCUAUACGGCCCGACUAACUUUGCCCCUGUUGUAAAUCACGUGGCCAGGUACGCAGCUGCUGUGCAGGAUGGCUCGCAGUAUUUCAUUCUCCUCAUCAUCACAGACGGGGUCAUCUCAGAUAUGUCGCAGACCAAAGAGGCCAUUGUCAAUGCUGCCAAGCUUCCCAUGUCCAUCAUUAUUGUAGGAGUUGGACAGGCCGAAUUUGAUGCUAUGGUUGAGCUGGAUGGCGACGACAUCAGGAUCUCCUCAAGAGGAAAAUUAGCAGAGCGAGACAUUGUCCAGUUUGUGCCGUUCCGGGAUUACAUGGACCGGACGGGGAACCACGUGUUGAGUAUGGCGCGACUGGCCAAAGACGUUCUGGCCGAAAUUCCUGACCAGUUCAUUUCCUACAUGAAGAGCCGAGGAAUCAAACCCAAUCCGGCGCCGCCUCCAUACACACCUCCAGGACACACACACCACACACAGAUCUAAGCACCUCACACUCAGCUUUCUCUCUCUGGAAUCGUGGUCUCACUUCUGGGUACGGCUCCCAGUGUUUGAACUCUCCGAGACACUCGAGGUACAGUGGCGUCUCUGUUUGUGCGCUUUAUAUUUUUCUGCCCUCAUUUUUUCCUGGGAUGGACCCAAGGGCAGCGUUUUUUGUUUGUUUUGGUUUCAAAAUAUCUAUAUCUUGGCCUGUGACUGUUUCUUAUUUUGUGGACGAGAUGGCGAGAGGAUGAUGAAAGGUGAUGUUUGUGGUUUCAAACUUGUGCCUGUCCGUGACUGUUUCAGUGUACCAGGACAAGUGUGCCCUACUCUGACAUUUGACCUUACUCCGCAUCCGUAAACUAGCGUGUGCACGUUUUCAGUGACGUUUGGUUUUUUUUAGAUCUGUAUGGCUUUCAUUUGGUAUCAGGUCAGACCUGUGUCAGUGCGGGUUUAUUAUGUUGAGCAUCGCUUGUGGAGAAACGUUCUUUGAUAUUCAUUCGGGGUUUUGGGAAAGCAUGCAUGUGUGAUGAGAACGGCAUUAUUUUUUACACAUUUUUACACACACCUCAAGUCAGUUUUGAAGCACAACUGAAAUAAUCAGCUCUGAAUUGUUUUCUUGCGUGGUAUUUUAGUCUUGUUUCCAGCAUCUAAACAUUCUUAAAUCAAGAAAUAUUUACUUCAGGAAUCACUGAAGGAAGUCUGUUUUUGAGUACAAGAAUUAUAUCUAUCAAUGGAAAAUUAAACCUUUUAUUUUUAUGACCACACUGGCAUCUUAAAUAUAAUCUCACUAAAUUUUG